UAAGAUAUUUCCUUUAGUGAAGCUGAAAUCCUUGAUGCGGCAUAGCCUGCACUAGAGCAGAUUAGCAUCUAUAUAACCUAUUAAUCUAUUUUAAACGUUAGAUCAGCAAAAAUGCAGCCUCCUUAUUCAAUUUAUCUGAUUCUCUUCUCAUUUUUUCUUUGGGCAAAUGAUGCUUCAUCCAAAAGAUCCACAUACAUCGUCCACAUGGACAAAUCCUCCAUGCCUAAAGCAUUUUCCAGUCACCAUUAUUGGUACUCUUCCCUUCUCAAAUCAACAGCUCCGGCACCACUAGGCGCCGACAAACCCGAGGUGAAGUUUAUCUACACCUACGACCAUGCCUUCCAUGGAUUCAGUGCAGUGCUGUCCGGAGAUGAAGUCGAAGCCUUAAAGAAGUCAGUUGGCUUCAUUUCUGCCUACACGGAUAGCAUUGUUACUCCAGACACCACUCAUUCCUCCAAAUUCCUGGGCCUCAAUACUGCUGCAGGGCUUUGGCCAGCAUCCAAUUAUGGCAAAGAUGUCAUAAUCGGAGUUAUCGACUCCGGCAUCUGGCCGGAGAGUCCGAGCUUCAAGGACGACGGAAUGACUGAGAUCCCCAGUAGGUGGAAGGGGGUUUGCGACGGCGGUGAAGAUUUCAAUUCAUCACUGUGCAACAAGAAAAUCAUCGGAGUCAGAUACUUCAAUCAAGGGUAUCGAGCAUCAGAUCCUGAUCGAGAAUUAAAAAAUUCAGCUAGAGACGAUGAAGGACAUGGCAGCCAUGUCUCGUCCACUGCUGCCGGAAACUUCGUGGAGGGAGUUUCCUUCUUCGGUUACGCCCCGGGAACUGCGAGAGGGAUGGCUCCACGAGCUAGGCUGGCGGUGUACAAGGUCCUCUGGGGAGGAGCCGUGUCAUCGGAUUUGUUGGCUGCAAUCGACCAGGCGGUGGCCGACGGAGUCGAUAUACUCUCCAUUUCUAUAAGUAGUACUGAAAGAGAGCUGUAUGAGAAUCCUCUGUCCAUAGCGAGUUUUGGUGCGAGGGAGAAGGGAAUCAUGGUUUGUCUGUCGGCAGGGAACCGGGGGCCGAGUUACGGGACCAUACGGUCAGGUAUCCCGUGGGCUGUGGUAGUGGCGUCGGGGACUGUUGAUCGUUGGUUUGCAGGGACAUUGACUCUCGGCAACGGCAAAACCAUCAUUGGAUGGACCACUUUCCCAGCGAGAGCCGUCGCGAGAGACUUGCCACUCGUUUACAACCAGACCUUAUCUGCGUGUGACUCAACAGAAUUACUAGCUGAAGCACCUGCUUCGAGUAUCAUCGUCUGCAAUUUGACCAUCGUCAAUUCAUACUUCGAUAGUACCAUCACAUAUCUAACCCAGUCCGAGUUCCGAUCUGCUGCUGUCAUUAUUUCUGAAGAUGUCAGUAUAUACCGAUUUACUUCGUUUUCUUUCCCUGCGAUCGUAAUCAGCCCAACAGAAGCGCGAGAUAUGAUCAAUUACGCAUCAAACAGUGGUUCCCCAAGAGCAACCAUCGAUUUCCAACAGACAGUUCUGGGAAGAGAGCCGCGAGCUGCUCCAGCACUAUCGGAUGAUUCAUCAAGAGGGCUGGCACCCAGCUACGAGGGUAUCUUGAAGCCCGACAUAAUGGCACCGGGAGUGUCCAUCCUAGCAGCCUUCAAUCCUCAAAUCACGGCCACAACACUUUCUAAGAACAUACAACUUUCCAGCCCAUACACACUUCUCUCGGGGACAUCCAUGGCAUGCCCUCACAUCUCGGGAAUCGCCGCGCUUCUCAAAUCUGCGCACCCUGAUUGGAGCCCCGCAGCCAUCCAGUCUGCCAUGAUGACCACUGCCAAUCCUCUUGAUAACUCAAACCAGCCCAUCAGGGAGCAGGAUAAUUUGGUUGCCUCACCACUUGGCAUCGGGUCGGGUCAAGUUGAUCCCAACAGGGCUCUCGAUCCGGGCCUAGUCUAUGAUGCUUCCCCUCAAGACUUGGUGAAUCUGGUGUGCUCAAUGAACUUCACUCCCAACCAAACUCAAACAAUCAUAAAGUCGAACUACAAUUGCUCCAAUCCAUCCUCCGACCUCAAUUAUCCAUCAUUCGUGGCUCUUAUUCCUGCUUCAGAAGCUGGAAGGACGUCAAGUCAAAGAUUUCAAAGAAGUGUGACGAAUGUGGGGGAGGGUGCAGCCACCUAUAAGGUUAUGGUGGAAGCACCGGUGAACACCACGGUGACAGUUAGACCUCAAACUUUAGUGUUUGGUAAGAAAUACGAGAAGCAGAGGUAUUCUCUUACGAUUCGGUAUAGCGGCGAUAGAUCUCUGGUCCGAGACGGUGCAGUGAUUUGGAUAGACCAAGCCGGUAAGUACAGAGUAAGAAGUCCGAUUAUUGUCACUGGCGCAACUGACAAUUUCUGAUAGCUAGCUUUUACGAUCAUCAUUUUAGUAUAUGAUUUCUAUUUGUAUCUAAAUCUCUUGAAUACUUGUUUAUGGCUUGUAAAGUAAUGCUGUAGGCCUAAGGCGUAAUGUAAUGGCAUUAUUAUGAGAAUAAACAGAUCUUU